UUUCCUUUGCUCACCUGAAUUAUUAGAUUAUACCCUUUGCAUCCUUUUGCAGGCCCUUCUCCCUCUUUUAAUGGGUUGUGGAAUUUCAAGACUCGAAAUCAUCAAAGAGGGAGACGCCUCGCAGUUAUACACUCAAUUAAGCCUCGUUCAUCGACCCAAUGACUGUGCCAUUACCCAUAGUCGCCUUGUUUCGAAGAAAACGUUACCUAACAAGAGGGAAGAGCAUGCAAAGGGAGAGGGUAUUCAUAAUAAGAAGGUGAAUCCCGAGGAAAAAGGAAUCAAACAAAAGGAAAAUGAAGAGGCCUUCAUUGAUAAACAAGGUUUUGAGGAUGAUGUAUAUGAUAGAAACGAUGACAUUUCAUACACGCGAUCACCAAGUUUUAGGGUAUACUGCAUUCCAUCUCAAUCUGACGAUGGAAAUAAUGAAUUUGAUCAUAAUCUAGAGGAAAUAAAGGACGACCAACAAGUACAUGUUGAAAAUGACAAGAAGAGAUCAAGUAUAGGACGAGGGAAGACAAAUGACAAAGGACAAGAAAAAAAGAUUUUCAAGAGCCAUAUAUUUCGAAAUAUAUUCCACUCCUCAUGUUAGCAGCAUUAAGAAAAAUGGCUUUCUUGGUGGUACAUGCUAGAACAAAUAUUCAAAGAUGUGUUUUUUUUUCUAUCAUAUAGAACAGGAAAACUGAUGUAUAAGGUUUCUUCACAGGAACAGAAUGGUUGUCCAGGUUAGUUUAGGGAGCAAGGAUACAGAUACCUAACAGGGGUAUGAGAACCAUACGGGUAUUACCGGGUCACGUAAUUUUCAAAGCUACCAUGUAACUUGUUAGUCUAGUAGUGGUAGCCUUGCUUCUCAAAACCAUACGGGUAUUACCUGAUCAUGUAAUUUUCUCUUAUACUAGCUUCUAUUAUUUCA